UGUCAUUCAUAUCUGUGCUCUGCCGUAUGUCGUGUCCCUUGUUUUGAAAAGUUUCGUCCCUUUGAAACUUUAUAUUUCGUAAUCAAAAUACUAAGCUAAGCUAGUACACCAUGACUGAAAAGCCGCAGAAGACUGCAAAGGUAGUCGUGCUCGGAGACAUCGGGCGCAGUCCACGAAUGCAGUAUCACGCUCUAUCACUCGCCAGUAGCGGUCUAAGUGUAAAUAUAAUCGGCUACUUAGACAGUCAACCACUGCCCGAGAUAUUAGAACAUAAGCAUAUCACGAUAACAAAGCUCUACCCCUUAAUUUUUAACAGAGGACCGAAGAUAGUUCAGUAUGCUAUGAAAGCGAUAUGGCAGACGAUAAGUUUGCUUCUAACACUGUUUAUAACCGGCAAAUGCCACUACCUGCUGUGCCAGAACCCUCCAGCGAUCCCUACAUUGCCUGUUUGUAGGUUCUACUGCUUAAUAACUAAGACUAAGUUUGUAAUAGACUGGCAUAACUAUGCGUACUCCAUUAUGGCGCUGGCGGCGCCGAAUAUUGUGCUGAAGCUAGCGACGGCAUUGGAGAGAUAUUUCGGGCAGUCUGCGAAUCACAACAUGUGUGUUACAUAUGCUAUGAAGUCAGAUUUGUUCCAGAACUGGGGAAUAGAAGCCACAGUCCUGUACGACAGACCUCCAAAAAUCUUCCACCCGAUAACACUAGAAGAAAAGCACCAUUGGUUCCUCAAAAUCAGUCAGCAAUACCCAGAGUUUGCUUGUCCAGGGAGAGAGCUGCUCAACCACCCGGCAGGGGACAUGGUUACAAAGACGGCUUUUACAAAUUUUGUAAACAAUAAGGUGGAGAUGAGGGCAGAUGCUCCAGGACUGCUUUUCAGCAGCACUAGUUGGACACCUGACGAAGAUUUUGGUAUUUUGAUGGAAGCACUUCAAGUUUACGAAACCACAUUUGAUAUAACAAAGAAGCUGCCUAAACUGAUUUGCGUAAUAACCGGCAAAGGACCAAUGAAGCAACACUACAUAGACCUCAUUGCCUCAAAGAACUGGCAACACAUAAAAGUAGUCACCCCCUGGCUGGAAGCAGCGGAUUACCCGACUAUGGUGGCCAGUGCGGACCUGGGGGUGUGUUUGCACACUAGCUCAUCAGGGCUGGAUCUGCCGAUGAAGGUUGUGGAUAUGUUUGGGGCUGGGUUGCCUGUUUGCGCGUAUGAGUUUAGCUGCAUUGAUGAAUUAGUUGAAAAUGGUGUAAAUGGAUACACAUUCAAGAAUAGUGAUGAGCUAUCCAAGCGGAUUAUUGCUUGGUUUGAAGACUUUCCCAAUAAUCAGGAGCAGAAUAAGGUAGCAGCAGAUAUGAGAAAGGAUUUAGAAAAGUUCCAAAUGUCUCGGUGGGAGAGCAACUGGGACUUGCGUGUGAAGAAGUUCUUCCAAUAUUGAUCUCACCUUUAGAUGUAUUUAUUGUCAAUUGGGGCCAAAUAAUGUUAAUAUUAUGAUAUGCAAUAAUAAAUGUAUUUUGUUAUA